GCAGGUUUCAGUUUAAACACAUUCAUAUCAGUCCAAGCAGCUGGUGACUUGGUCUAAAAUCUUUACAGAAACAGAACAAGAUGAAAACUUUGCUUUUGUUGCUUCUCUUCUGUCGUGUUUCAUCAACAGUGAAACACUCACUGAAAUAUUACUCCACUGGAUUCUAUGGAGUCUCAGACCUUCAAGAACUUGUGACUGUUGAAGAGAUUGAUGGGAUCCAGACUUAUUUCUGUGACGGCAUCAACAAGAAAUUAGAGGUGAAACUGGACUGGGAGAAAAAAGUGUUGGAUAAUAAUCCUAAACAAUUACAGUUCUACACUGACGAUUGUUUUGUGGAGUAUCCUCACUUGUUCAAAACCACAAUGUUCGGUCUGAAGCAGGUGUUCAACCAAAGUGAAGGUGUUGACAUUUUGCAGCUUAUGGAAGGCUGUGAAUGGGAUGAAGAGACUGGAGAGGUCACUGGUUUCAUGCAGUAUGGUUAUGAUGGAGAAGACUUUAUUGCUCUGGACCUGAAGACAUCGACAUGGAUCACUUCGAAACCUCAGGCUGUCUCCACCAAGCAGAGAUGGGAUUCAGACAAAGACCUUAUAAUAGACAAUGUGUGGUUCUACACUGAGAUUUGUCCCAAGUGGUUGAAGGUGUAUUUACAGCAUGGGAAGAGCUCUCUAUUGAGAACAAACGUCCCCUCAGUGUCUCUCCUCCAGAAGACUCCCUCCUCUCCAGUCAGCUGCCACGCUACAGGUUUCUACCCUGACAGAGCCAUGAUGUUCUGGAGGAAAGAUGGAGAGGAGAUUCAUGAAGGAGUGGAACAUGGAGAGAUCCUCCCCAACCAUGAUGGAUCCUUCCAGAUGAAUGUUGACCUGAACAUUUCAUCAGUCUCACCUGAAGACUGGAGGAGGUACGACUGUGUGUUUCAUCUCUCUGGUGUGGAGGAUGACAUCAUCACCAAACUGGAUGAAACACGGAUCAGAACCAACUGGGUUGAGAAGUCCAGUAACCAGACCACCACCAUCGUCGUCAGUACAGUGGUUGUUGUUGUUGUCAUCAUAACUGGAUACAUGGUUUAUAAAAAGAAACAAGACCAAAAGGCUCCACCUGGACAGCAAGUUACAUUCAGACCUGAUGAUGAUGAUGUUUAAAUGUGAGCUCACCUGAACUCUCACAGCAGUGACUGGUUCUCUUGCAGCUCAUUGUAUUGAUUGAACUUUAAUGUGUAUGAAGAUUGUAAUGAACAUGUUUAAAUGCUGAACCAAUCAUCUGAGCUGGUUUUAGUUCAUACUGUGAUUUAGGUUGACCUGACAGCUGACUGUGAGCAGCACUAUUAUGUGCUGUUCAUGUUUUCUCUGUGGGUGUUUGACUAACAGUCACCUCUAUGAGCACUAAAUAGAAGUUUUAUUUAGUUCAGUGCCAAAACAAACAGUCACAGAGUGAAUGUAAUCAUAGUACACACCUUAAGCUCACUCACAGAGCUCAAAACGUUUCUGUAAUCUCUUCAGUGUCACAGGUUUCAUUGAAUUAAUUUAAUUGCGUUUUGUUCUCUAAGGUGUAAAGUUGAAGAAGUUUUCUUCAAAAUUUAACAUCAACUUGACUCUGUUAACAACUCCUUUUCUUUUUUAUAAUUGGAAUCGGAAGAUGACUUUUCAAUUGUCCACAUGACUUUACUCUGAUAAAUGACACACACAGCAGCCACUGCAGUAAACCACUUAUUUAUCAUUUUAGUAAUAACUAAGGGAAACUAUAGACUAACAAGACAAUAUAAGAGAAAAUGGAGUCUACAACAAGAAACAUCAACACUUGGCUUCAUAGAACGACAAAUCCACAAGAGUAAAAAAAACAAAUUACAACUAAGAUUCGAGAGACUGAGAAAUAUUUCUCUUCUUCUGUUUUGUUCAUACUUCAGAGAGUCCUAAUAAUAUUAAAAAUCUUGAAUCUUUCCAUCGGUGUAUAUGUUGCAUGACGUGUUUCAAAGGAAACUGGGUUAAGAGACUAAUAUAUUAUAAUUGUUGUUCAUCUCACAGUGAAACACUAAAAUAUUACAUCACUGGAUUCUCUGUAGAUUCUCUGUUUGUUUGUGACCUUACAGAUAGUGAAGAAGCUCUGAACUGAGCUGGUUUAUAACUACAAAAUAACUUGACUGAACUUGUCUAAAUGCCGCCAGGAGCUCCACAAUGUAACCUUUUUAGGGGAUUUCCUAGUGUGUUAUUGGUUGUUUUAGUCUGACUUGUCUGUGCUUUGAACCAGUCAAAAUGUUUUUUUCGUUUUUUUUUUUUUUUUGGGGGGCUUUUUCUUUUCGGCUGUGUCGUUGCUUGUGGGGUUCGGCGGAGCGGCCGUUGUGUCUGGUGGUGUGUUCCUAUGAUCAGCUGUUAGCGCUGUCCAUGUCCCUGGAGAGAGGCCUGCGAUCCUUGCUGUACUUCAGAAGAAGUGCUGGGGAUGCCAGGCUGGAGCUGGAGGUGGUGGAGCGGAGGAGGGGGGUUCGGGUCAGCGGUGCCGUCUGUCCUCAUGGGGAACGUGAGGUCUUUGGUGGCAGAAUGAAUGGACUGUGUGCGUUUGAUGGUUCAUGGUUCCAGAGGGAACGUGUCAUGAGAAGGGUGUUGGAGACCUGGUUCAUUGGACCACAGUACGUCUGUGCCCGGCUUUGGGACUCUAUGGUCGGGACCCCACCCCCCCCCCAGCGGACAAGGAAACACCAUUGCCAAACUACACAUCGCUGUUUGGACACUGUUUUUGCCAACUACUUGCUAACUCUGUAAAUUUGUUUAUUUUGCUAGGUGACUAUUUUAAGAUAAGGUGACAAAGUAAUUUCCCUUGUGGAUCAUUAAAGUCUGUCCAAAUCUAAGUCUAAGAUCCUAAUGAAUAGUAAUAUGUUUUAUUAAAUGCUGAACCAAU